AUGGAUCAACACUUCAAGUAUAAAAUCGACUUUUUAAUAUCCAACGACACACCUUUGGGUCAACAACCAACACAGCCCGUAGUUAAAAACACAAGGAAAUCAAAACCAAGGUCAGGAGAUCUGACCCAGCAUUUAGCUCGAACAUUUUACGACAUUAAUUGGUCAAAAAAAUUAGGACAUUUACUUAAUAUCACAUAUGGUCUUAAUAUGAUUCAUAAGAAAGGGAUCAUCCAUCGGGAUUUUCAUAGUGGAAAUAUCUUGAUAGAUGAGUUUUCGAAAAUCUGUGAUUUAGGAUUAAAUAAGUCUGCUACUAAAGCUGAAGAUGAUGAAACCUAUGGAAUCAUUCCUUAUUUGGCCCCAGAGAUUCUUCACGGACAACAUUAUACUAGAGAUUCAGAUAUUUAUAGCCUCGGUAUGAUUAUGUGGGAGGUAAUGACAGGCAGAAGGCCUUUUUGGGAUCGAGUACAUGAUGUUGAACUUAUUAUUCAAAUAUGUGAUGGACUUCGUCCCCCAAUUGAUAAUAUGAAUGCACCUGAAGGUUAUGUUCAAUUAAUAAAAGAAUGUUGGAAUCCCAAUCCAAAUAAAAGACCAACGGCUAGGGUCAUUCAUGCUAUAAUUUCUAAUGGCUACGAUGAUGAACCAAUAGAGCGAACUUCUUCAUCGGCAUUAUUCCAGGCUUCAAUGAUUUUUCGAUUCUUGAGUGGUCUAUACAAGCUUUUAUUCGUCGUUUUCAAGACAUCAUUUUUGAAAAGCAUGAAGGGUUCAA